AUGAGGAGCGUCGCAACAUUCCUGUUAUUUCUAAGCGUGCUCGGGAUCUUCCCCGAGUCCACCGUCUGCCUCCCCAAUUUCCUGAGCCGCGCGCCUGCGCUCCGGAGCGAGAGCUCGUUCCGCUCCUGGCUGCGGAGACGGCAAGACGACAACAAUACAACUGCUGGCGACGCCGGCACGUACAGAAGGAUCGAAGUUACCGGCGCUCAUGCUUGGAAAGCUCCCGGACCGAAUGACAAACGGGGUCCGUGUCCCGCGCUAAACUCGCUCGCCAAUCAUGGCUAUCUGCCGCGCAAUGGAGUCGUCGGCUUGCUUUCUGCGGCAACGGUCACGAAUGAAAUCUUCGGUAUUGGCAUCGAUCUUUCGCUGCCGCUGAGCCUAUACGCCACCUUGCUGUCGGGCAAUAUUCUGACGCUAUCGUGGAGCAUCGGUGGGCCGACCGGUGGAACUCUUCUUGGACUCCUUGGCACGGGAAAAGGUCUGAGUGGAUCUCAUAACAAAUAUGAAACCGACGCGAGCGUCACGCAUGGUGACUCUUAUCUAUUCAAUGGAGACGUAAACUCCGUCCAGCUUCCGAAAUUCAAGAAGCUGUUGUCCCUCCAGGCCAACGCGGCGGUUCCGAACUGGACUCUGGACGUGAUGAAUAUCCACCGCAACUACACGCUCCAGGACUCCAUCUCCACCAACCCCUACUUCUUCUUCGGCCCCGUCAGCGGACUGCUCGUCAGCAACGCCGGCCACUGCUUCGUCCCGGGGAUGAUGGGCAACCACUCGGCGCAGUGGCCGAACGGGCGGGUGACGAAAGAGAUCCUUCAGUCCUUCUUCGCGGUGCACGAAGACACGAGCACGGGGACGCUGACGCACACGCGGGGGCACGAGCGGAUCCCGCACAACUGGCACCGACGGGCAGCGGGCGGCGUCGUCAGCGAGUACGGCAACGCGCGGUUCGCGGUGGAUCUCGUGCGCAUGGCCGCCUACAACCCGGCGAUUCUCAAGGUCGGCGGGAACAUGGGCACGGUCAACUCCUUCGCCGGUGUCGACCUGGGCGGCAUCACCGGCGGUAUCUAUAACUCGUUCGAUCUCCUCGACCCCGACAUGCUCGUCUGCUUCAUCUUCCGCACGCUGCUCGCUGUCGUGCCCGAUCUGCUGCAGGGUGGCCUCCUCGGCGCUCUCUUGAAUGUGGCUCUCAAAUUGCUGACUACGACUCUGCUCCCCCUGUUCAAUCCGAAGUGUCCCGGUAUACAGAACUGGAACGGGGAGAUGCUGGAGAAGUUCCCCGGCGCGGGCAGCAAGGCUGUAUAA